AUGGAGGAGAUAGGCAUGGAGUGCACCGCCUACAAGCGCCCACGUACCGCACUGGAUGGCGGCUCAGCUGCGGCGUGGCGGAUGUGCCAGGUGGCGCGCGCGGCCGCCGGGGGCAAGGACCAGCACAACAAGGUUGUGACGGUGUGGGGGCUCCGAGACCGGCGUGUCCAGCUCUCGGUGCCCACGGCCAUCCAGUUCUACGACAGUCAGGACCGCCUCAAUGUCGCCCAGCCCAGCAAGGCCAUCAAGUGGCUCAUCCGCACCGCCAUCGAUGAGCUCCCGUCGCUGGACUGCUCAUUCACCCUCCCCGGAACCGACGCCGCCUCCUCUCCGCCAGCAGCUGGAGACAACGUGGAGGUUCACACGGUGUACGGUGCGGCGCACCACUUCAGGCUGCAGCCCGGCAAGGACAGCAGCAGCAUGCCUCCAGUCUCGAUCGACUUCGUCAAGAACCUGCCGGCGGAGGCAGGCCGAAUGAGUUUCCUCUGGACAAAAUGA